AUGACAAGCACUUUGAUGGCAGAUGACCAAAGUAAUUUGGCUUCGCGUAACAUCCCUCUUUUAUUUUCCAGUGUUUAUAUUGAUGAUUCCAAUGGAAAUAGAAAAUACUGUGUUCGUGAUAAUCCAACAGAGCUGUAUACUCUUGCGCUAUUUCAAAUACUCAAAAUAGACGGCAUAUCCUCGGUGUGCAAUGUUGUUGACAUAACUCUUGACAUGUCAUUGACAUGUUGGUACGAAGCAUCAUGUUUCGAACCGUUUCGUUUGGUACUCUUCUCGCAGUUUGUCCGGGGACCAAUAAAUAUUCUUUUAUUAGAUCCAACACAGCCAAUUAGAUUUUGGUCUCAAAGUCAAUCAUUGAGACGUGUCUAUAACAAUAUGAUGAUUGAAAUUUUUAAUUCAUCUGUUUCUUAUGAAGCUUUUUAUGAGACCUGCCAUCCAUUAUAUUGUACAUUUACAUACACAGAACAUGCUCAUAUAAUAGUUAUAAUCACGACAUUGAUCGGCCUUUUUGGUGGACUCAACGUCAUUUUGCGCUUACUAUCCCGCUUUCUUGUAAAAUUGUUUUUCACAUGUAUCGCGACAAAUCCAAACGCUACGCGAUCAAUUGCACAGAGUCAAAACAAUCGAUGGACAAAAUACAAAGAGCAACUAGUCAUGUUCAAUCGGUUUUCAGAUGGAUCACAAGAGAUUCAUGUUAUUAAACGUCAACGCAUUUUUACACGCUUAUAUUUACUAUUGAUACUGAUUAGUUUCAUGGUCAUCAUAGUAUAUACAGCAAUGGAAAAAAACGUUGUAAUUAAAAUAGUCGAAUCACCAUCUCAAGCUCAAUAUAACGAGUUACUCGGUCAAUAUUCAUCUACAAUUCAAUGUCCAUGUACAGCGGUUUCAAUGGACCUAAGUCAAUUGGUUAGUGUCAAUGCAAUUUAUCAUCAAGUAUGUUCAAGUGCUUUUGUCGAAACAGAGUGGAUUUAUUUCUUGUUCAAUGACAUAAAUCGGAACAAUUAUAAACGAGCAGAUAUUCGUGUUCGAGGAGGCGCUUAUUUUCGUUUUUUAUCGAAAUUAUGUGCACUCAUGAACACUACAACUCAGACUUUGGCACAGGAAUUCUUUGCAGAUUCUUUUACUAGUGCUAAAGCAAUAUCAGAAGAUGAGUUUCAAUCGCGCAUGAACGUGCUACAAUAUCAAUUUCAAACAUCGAUCGAACUCCAACUUACGCAUGGAUUAAAAAUUGUGCGUGAUAUCACACAAGCAAAUAUAUUCGUUUCGAGUUAUAUGUUGAACUGUAAUAGAUAUUACAGAAUUCUGAGUACUCUACAAGCUGUCACGAGCCCCGUAAUUUAA